GUGUUGUACUGCUUUCACCAGCUCCAGUGUGAUGUCCAGUUACCCAGUCAAGUCUCCACUUCCUCCGCCGUACGAGCCUCCUGCAGCAGCCACACACACACACCCUGCAGCACACACACACCCUGCAGCAGCCAUGUCCACCGUAGUGCUCCAGUCUCCCACCACCUACGGACCGCCCCCAGUGAUCAUGCAGCAACAGCCUCAGGUGAUCACCUACGCACCUCCUCCCCAAGUGGUCAUGCAGCCCCAAAUCGUCACAGUCCAACAACAACAACCUCAGGCUGUUGCGGACAAUGUGGCCAUUUCUAAAGGCAAACUAGGAGGCAAAGCCACCAUCACCACCUGCACCAACUGCAGGCAGCGCAUGGAGACCAGAGUCUUGUACAAGUCCGGAUGGUUCACCUGGGCCAUGUGCAUCCUGCUCAUCUUUGUUGGGUUGUUCUUCGGUUGCUGCCUCAUCCCGUUCUUUAUGAAUAAAUGCAAAGACGCUCAUCACUACUGCACACUGUGUAACAAGAAGCUGUGUGUCCACAAACCCUGUUGUUAAUGUGCGCUAAACACACACACACACACAGACAGACACACACACUCACACACAUUGUCACACACACACUCACACACAUUAUCACACACACACACACACACACACACACACACACACACAAUCACAAUUAUAAAUUCUCAAAGUCAAUUAGCACAAUUC